AUGGGACGCACCAUGGAGGAUGCCUCCAUUGGCAUCAUCGGCAUGGGCGAUAUGGGCAAGAUGUAUGCCCAGCGCCUCAGCGCUGCUGGAUGGAGACCUGAGAACUAUGAAUCUUUGAAACAAGAGUUCGCUUCUCAACAAAAAGUCACCAUAUUCCCGAAUGGCCAUCUCGUUUCCAGAAUUAGCGAUUUCAUUCUAUACAGUGUAGAGGCCGGCGUCAUCGACCGAGUCGUGGCACAGUACGGGCCCUCAACCAAGGUCGGAGCGAUCGUCGGUGGUCAAACUUCCUGCAAGGCUCCGGAGCUUGCAGCAUUCGAAAAACACCUGCCGACAGAUGUAGAGAUCGUAUCAUGCCAUUCGCUGCACGGGCCCAAGGUCAACCCCAAGGGACAGCCGCUGGUCCUGAUCCAGCAUCGAGCCUCGGACGAAAGUCUGCAAUUCGUUGACCGCAUUUUGUCGUCGUUCGGAUCCAAGCAUGUUUACCUCACCGGCGAAAUGCACGACCGCAUUACGGCUGAUACGCAGGCUGUGACCCACGCUGCGUUCCUGAGCAUGGGAACCGCAUGGCAGGCCAAUAAGCAAUUCCCCUGGGAAAUCUCUCGGUGGGUUGGUGGCAUUGAGAACGUCAAGAUCAAUAUCACCCUGCGCAUCUAUUCGAACAAAUGGCAUGUCUAUGCUGGUCUGGCGAUUCUGAACCCGGCAGCCAAGCAGCAGAUCCGCCAGUACGCCGAGUCGGUUACGGAUCUCUACAAGCUUAUGAUCGGAGGACACCGUGAAGAACUCAAGAAACGAGUUAUAUCGGCUGGUGCCUCGGUGUUUAAGGAGGGCCAAGAGGGUCAGGAUCUUUUGCUGAAGGAUGAGGUGCUUGAUCGGUUCUCUCUAUCCAACCGGUCUCGUGAGAAGUCUCCCCCGAACAGCCACCUCAGCCUGCUUGCUAUCGUCGACUGUUGGUCGAAACUCGGCAUUGUUCCUUAUGACCAUAUGAUCUGUUCGACCCCGCUGUUCCGUCUGUGGCUAGGUGUCACCGAAUACCUGUUCCGCAACCCUGAACUCUUGGAUGAAGCAUUGGACACUGCGAUUGACGACAACACAUUCCGCUCGGAUGACCUCGAAUUCACAUUCGCUGCACGGGCUUGGUCGGAUUGCGUUUCCUUCGGGGACUUUGAGUCCUACCGUGAUCGCUUCGAGCGAAUUGCCUCGUACUUCGCUCCUCGUUUCCCCGAAGCUUCCCAGCUUGGAAACGAGAUGAUGAAGACGAUCCUAGAGAAGACAUCCAAGUCUUAA